AUCGAUUUCCAGAAGGUAUAAAGGUGGUGCACUUCGAGGCGCAAGUCACAUUUGUCAAGCAAAAACCAAGCAACAUGGCUGAUUUCAACGCUAUUCUGGAGAAGACCAAGGCCUUCAGCAAGAAGCCCCCGACGGAGGUGUACCUGGAGUUCUACGGACUGUACAAGCAGUUCCAGGAGGGCGACAUCAACAUCGAGAAGCCCGCCGAUGCCGAGGGAGCUGCCAAGUACGAUGCCUGGCUGAGCCGCAAGGGACUCUCCGUCGACGAUGCCAAGGCCGCCUACGUCGCUUUGUACGAGAAGUACAACCCCAUCUACGGAUAAGCUAAAACUAUAGUUUAUGACCCUGUCCGACUCUCCAAUAAAUCUUGACCACCUGUGAACCAAA